CGGAUUGCAUUUGCGCCAAAAAAAAAGUAGUCAUCAUGUCGCUGACAAUGUUCUGCUAAGCCCAUUGUUCUUAUUCUGCCUCGCUAUCAGGUUCUUUCUUGAGUCUACCAACUCCUCCAAAAACUCUCAAUCCAUUCUCCAUGGGUGCUGGUUCUCCUCCAGGCCCGGCCAAGCCGUCGGCUAUCCCGUCCCACAUGCUGAACGGCAGCUCACCCCUCCAAUCCUCCACGGCGGCUGGUGGUGUGACUCGUGUCCGUGAUAAUCGCGAACGAGAGAGCCUCAAUUCUUCCAUUCGCUCCUCUUUUGCGCCUCGUGUUCCCCCUGAGUUCGAGUCUCUUGAGGCGGGGUCUCACCCCGCGGGUGAGCACACUGCCGCCUCCACCGCUGCUACCGAAGCAGGAGCUGCCCAAACUGCCUUGAGCCUGCGCGGCAGACUCCCUUUGAAUGACCCUCCCCGCGAUCCCCGCGAUGAGGGUGCUCCGUUGACCCCACCGGCGACGUCAAGCCGCCCCGCCAGCCCCUAUACCAUGAACCCCCCCAUCGACUUUGAUGGUCUCAGCUGGCCUUGCCCCGGUACUCGGCAGCGAUUGGAAUCGACCCCAGAGGAGAACGAAGAGCGUAUCAAGAAGCUUGCGGGAGCAGUGCGAACAAUUCUGGAAUGUGUUGGUGAAGAUCCUGAGCGAGAGGGUCUCCGCGAGACCCCGGAGCGAUAUGCCAAGGCCAUGCUCUACUUCACCAAGGGUUAUGAGGAGAAUGUGCGGGAUUUGGUUAAUGGUGCAGUGUUUCACGAGGAUCACGAUGAACUGGUCAUUGUCAAGGAUAUUGACGUGUUUUCGCUAUGCGAGCACCACAUGGUACCCUUCACUGGAAAGAUGCACAUCGGCUACAUCCCGGAUCGCCGUGUUCUAGGACUUUCAAAGCUAGCCCGCUUGGCUGAGAUGUUCUCUCGUAGACUUCAAGUCCAGGAGCGUCUGACCAAGCAGGUUGCUCUGGCCAUCUCUGAAGUCCUCAAGCCCCGUGGUGUCGGAGUUGUUAUGGAAUCCUCCCACCUGUGCAUGGUCAUGCGUGGUGUCCAAAAGACUGGCAGCACCACGACCACCAGCUGCAUGCUGGGGUGCAUGCGGUCCAGUGCUAAGACUCGCGAGGAAUUCUUGACCCUGCUGCAUCGACGAUAGAGCAUUCUUGCCGUUUUGACUUUCCCCUUCUACCUUGUGCCAUUUCAUUUUUCAAACUGGGGAGACAAGUUACGAUUCCGGAGUUUUGGUGGUGACCUUUCAACAGGUUAAUGUAAUGUUGGCUUUCUUUUCUCAUGAGCAUGUUGCUCCAGCGCGGAUCUGGGUGUUUAUCUUUCUCCUCUGUCUACGUUUCUUUUGACGUUCUUCCCGGAUGUUUCUUCUUGCAUAUACCUUGAAAUGAUGCCGACGCCCUGCGAUCCUUCAACCCGCCGUCUUUAGGGACGUUGAAAGCAAGCAUCCCACCAUUUUCACGCUUGCAUUUGUCCCAACUCAACGAUGACACACUUUCAUUUCAUGAUAUUAGACUUACACACCCUACACAGGGCCAUUUCUGUCCUUUGAGUUUAGCCAGAGUUCUGUUCUGGAGACCGAGAACCUUCUAGCGGCACCGGCGAGGCUGUUUCAACACUUGACGUUCCAUACUGUACCUUUUUACUCCCCGAUGGCAGGACCUGUUUUUACUUCUUUGUACAUGUCCCAUGUCCGAUUCCUCAAAAUACAAUGUUGAAAAUCCCUGCGAACUCUUUU